AUGGCCGGAGCCACUCUCUGGGCGUGGCCGCAGCUGCUGCUGUCAUUGCUCUCGGUGUCCUGGGCGCCCCUGGGAGCCGGGACCGCGACGGUGGACGUGCUGGCCCCCGCGCAGGUGCGCGGCUUCCUGGGCGCCACCGCGCAGCUGCCGUGCCGCCUGCAGCCUCCGGAGCGGGACGUGCGGGUGACGCAGGUGACGUGGACGCGGCAGGCGCGGCCGGGCGCCCCCAGCGUGGCCGUCUUCCACCCCGCGCAGGGCCCCAGCUUCGCCAAGCCCGGGCGGCUGGAGUUCGUGGCCGCCAGGCCCGGGGAGGAGCUGCGGGACGCGUCGCUGGCCGUGCGGGAGCUGCGCGCGGAGGACGAGGACAACUACACCUGCCAGUUCGCCCUGUUCCCGCAGGGCAGCAGGAGCGCGCGCACCUGGCUCCGCGUGCUCGCGCAGCCCCAGAACAAGGCUGAGCCCCUGGAGGUCCCGCUCAGCCCGAGGCUCAGCCCGGAGCCCGUGCCCGUGGCCCGCUGCGUCUCCACGGGGGGCCGCCCGCCCGCCCACAUCUCCUGGUCCUCGUGCCUCAAUGAGAAGGCCAAUGAGAGCCAGGUGCCGGGGCCCCUCCCCGGCACGGUCACCGUCAUCAGCCUCUUAACCUUAACGCCCUCCAGCCAGGAGGACGGCAAGAAUGUCACCUGCCGGGUGGAGCAUGAGAGUUUCGAGGAGCCCCACCUGCUGCCCGUGAUCCUCCAAGUGCGCUACCCCCCCGAGGUCUCCAUCUCCGGCUAUGAUGACAACUGGUAUCUUGGCCGUAGUGAGGCCACCCUGAACUGUGACGUCCGCAGCAACCCGGCGCCCACAGGCUAUGACUGGAACACGACCAAGGGUCCCCUGCCACCCUCUGCUGUGGCCCAGGGCCACCAGCUCCUGAUCCAUACCGUGGACAGUUUGAUCAAUACGACUUUCAUCUGCCAUGUCACCAAUGACCUAGGGACUAGCCAGGCUGAACUGACCGUCCUGGUCAGAGAACCUUCCGGGCAUUAG